AUGACUAGCAGUGUUCCGUUGAGUGGGUUACCACUCUUUAGAGACGUCAAGGAGAAUUUGAUUCAACAGAGAAAUGAACAACAGCAGCAGCAUCAGCAACAACAAGCUACUCAUCAGGCUAAAAGAAGAAAUCACCUCAAGAAAUCGUCAACCCAUCAUCAUUACAUGCCGCCAUUGUCAGCUUAUAACGCCAGUGAAGAAAGGCCGUACUACCCUGGUGGCAGAUUUGAUGAGAUGACUAUGAGGAUUGAAAUGGAACAGAGGAGGUUGAACGGCAUACGGAAUCUGGGAUACAACUAUAUUAGACCCAUUGGUGUAGGGCAUACAUUACAAAUGAUUAGAGAAAGGAAACAGCUGGCUGCUAAAUUGCGAGUUGAAGAAGCCGCUCAACAACAGGAACAGUUGGAAUUACAAGGGCAAGAGGAGCAGGAACAGCAGCUGGAUCAAAUACAGCGACCACGACAACAGCAACAACACUCAAUACUUCCUUCUGCAUUUCAGGAAAAUGGAGAUCGGAGUAGCCAUUACGAUUUUGGUAUGGUGGAGGAUGUAGGAGAGGAUCCAACGGGCACAUCACCACCACAACCAAUGGGACAAAUAUUGGCACCACCUUUCAAUCCUACGGUAGAAGACGAAGACGAAGAAGAGGAUGAAAUAUCCUACGAUUACGAGGCUGAGUUUGCCCAAGUGGAAGAUGAACAAAACGAAGAAGAUGAGGAAGAUGAAUAUUUGGAUAAAAACCAGGAAGGUCGUUUAAGGAUGUUGAAUCCCCGAGGUGCAACAAGGGAUUUCAGCAUACAACAGUUCGUAGAAACUUCUCACAUGGAAAGUCAUCCCUAUGAUAUGGAAGAUGAUUACGAGAAUCCUCAGUUGGAAGUAGAGACUAAUCAAGGUGAUAGCGGCGAUUUUACAGAAGUUCCUUGGAUUAAUAUUUCAGAUACGGUGGACAAUGUGGAUUCGCCGCGUGUUAGCAGUCUAAACAGCCUUGUAGGGCAUAGAAUGAUCUCUUCAAGCACUGUGACUACAAAUAAUAAUGGUUUGAGAUUACUUCCGCCACGGGCUAGAAGAGUUUCUGAUAAUAACAGUGAUCAAGAACUCAUUUAA